GAGCGGCUGCAGCAGCAUGGGGUACAGGAGCUGAGCGCGCUGCCAACGGGUCUCGGUUUCUGCUCCUCAUUGUCACUUGAUUGCUGUGUCUAUCUGGCUGGCACUUCCCUCUGCCCCUCCCCCACCCAUCCUCCCCGCACUGCACCCUCUCACUGCAUAUGCACUGCACCUUCCUCCCUUCCCUGUGCAGUGCAUGCUCUGCACCUCCUCACCUUCCCUGUGCCUCCUCCUUUGUGCCAGGGGCUUACCCCCUUCUCCCUCUUCUCAGUUCCUGCUUGGGAUAUUUUGGGUGCAGAAGUCCUCCCCCCAGCUCAGAAGGUUCAGUAGUAUGGGGAGGUGAGAUUGUAUCGCAGCCUGAUACAGCUUCUUGGGCAAGCCACUGACGAAACAGUCGCCUGCAAAUGAAUUCAAUGAACCCCAUGAAACCAUCUCAUCCAGGCACAGGACACAGUGAUGGUUCAUUUGCAUACGACUCUGUUCCCUGGCAACCAAACACCAAUCAGCCUGCAGGAUCGCUCUCCGUAGUAACCACCGUCUGGGGUUUGAGCAACACGUCGCAGAGCCAGGAGCAUCUUGGGAAUCCCAUGGUGCCCAGCGGUGGCCCCACAGGAGGUGGAGGCAUGCCAGGUCUGGCUGGCAACGGCGGGGGAAUCGGAAGCCCUCAGUACAUUAAUCAGCAAGGGUUUCCAGAAAAUGGCGCUGGAAAAGGUUAUAUGCCACAAAACAUGUAUGGACGUGGGGGAUAUCCAGGAGGCUCGGCCUAUAGUAACAGUUACCCUGGCGGCCCCACAGCUGGCGGUGGAAUGGGCAUGGCUCAGCACUCCGGACGCGGCCCCACAGACUUCACACAGGCGGCAGCUGCAGCAGCUGUGGCCGCGGCCACGGCCACAGCAACUGCGACAGCGACUGUGGCUGCACUGCAGGAGAAACAGACCCAGGAGAUGAAUCAGUAUGGCGGGGUGGGACCUACUCAUAACUUUGGUGGCCAGUUCUUACCUCACUCUGGUCCCCGUGGACCCUCCAUCCAGGGUGGAAUGACAUCUGGGGGUAUGGGAUCAGUCAUGGGACCUGCAGGAAUGGCUCAGAUGAGUAUGAAUUCUGCAAGAGCACAAAGUAUGAAUCAAGUGUAUAGUGGGCAAAGAAUACCACCCCAUGGCUACCCUGGGCAACUCCAAGGCCAGCAGAUGUCACGUCAGGGAGUAAAGAGGACCUACUCCAAUGAGGGCUACGCUCCUCAACAGUACAUACAAGGCGGACAGUAUCCACCCCACGGGGGUCAGUAUGCACCAUCUACACCACAGCAAUCUGCCCCAUCCCCUUCCUAUCCUGGGCAUCGUGUACAGCAGAAUAUGUCGCAGUACAUGCCCCAGGCAGGUCCUGGAGGCCAUUUUUAUAAGCUUACAGAUCAAUACAAUGGACAGAGCAAUAACUUCAAUGGUGGAAACUUUGCAUAUAGUCAGACGAUGAGUGGGCCAGGACGCCCCAUGCCUGGAUAUCCCAGCUCUCCCCUGCCUGGAAAUCCCACGCCACCCAUGACUCCAGGAAGCAGUGCUCCACCCUAUAUGUCACCAGGUCAAGACGUCAAGUCCCCAUUUCUGCCUGAUAUCAAACCGACACACAACUCUCUGCACCAGUCUCCCACAGGUGCCUCCAAUGAUGAGCUGAGGCUGACCUUUCCGGUACGGGAUGGGAUUGUCCUUGAACCCUUUAGAUUGCAGCACAACCUGGCGGUCAGUAACCAUGUAUAUCACCUGCGGGAAUCCGUGUAUAAGACGCUUAUGAUGAGGCCUGAUCUUGAGCUGCAGUUUAAAUGUUACCACCAUGAAGAUCGACAGAUGAACACCAAUUGGCCUUGUUCUGUACAAGUUAGCGUGAACUCCACACCACUGAGUAUUGAGCGGGGGGACAACAAAACUUCCCAUAAGCCUCUCUACCUGAAGCAGGUGUGCCAGCCUGGCCGGAACAGCAUCCAGAUCACUGUCAGCGCCUGCUGCUGUUCUCAUCUGUUUGUUCUCCAACUGGUUCACCGACCAUCUGUAAGAUCUGUCCUCCAGGGUCUGAUAAAGAAGAGGCUGCUCCCUGCAGAACAUUGCAUCACAAAAAUUAAAAGAAACUUCAGCAAUGGCAGCAUCCCCGGGACUCCUGGGCCUAAUGGGGAGGAUGGUGUGGAACAGACGGCUAUCAAGGUGUCCCUAAAAUGUCCAAUCACCUUCCGAAGAAUUCAGCUCCCUGCCAGGGGCCAUGAUUGUAGACACAUCCAGUGCUUUGAUCUGGAAUCGUACCUGCAGCUGAACUGUGAACGUGGGACCUGGAGAUGCCCUGUGUGCAAUAAAACCGCCCUAUUAGAGGGCUUGGAAGUUGACCAGUACAUGCUGGGAACCUUGCUGUAUAUCCAGAACUCUGAUUAUGAAGAGAUUACUAUUGAUCCCUCCUGUUGCUGGAAGCCUGUCCCUGUGAAGCCAGACACCCACAUCAAGGAAGAAGCAGAUGGACCAGUACUGAAGCGUUGUCGGAGCCUGAGCCCAGCACACAUGGUUAUGCCAAAUGUUAUGGAAAUGAUCGCUGCACUGGGACCAAAUUCUUCUCCCUUCAAUAGUAUGCAGUCAGGUGGUGUGCGAUCAGACUACGGCGGCCAACAGGGCCCAACUUUCCAGAAUCAAGGGGGAUUUCCUGAAGGCGGCUUCCCGUCCUCUAACCCAAGCACGCCCACAAUGAAUGACUUCACCCCGAAUGGUCCGCCACCCAUCUCCUAUCAGUCUGACAUUCCAAACCAGAUGAUGAACCAGGAAAAGAGCGGAGGUCCACCCUUAAGUGGGCAGGUCCCUCCUACAGGGCGGAUAGACGCAUCACACAAUCCCUCCCAGUCACUUCAUACCGCCAACCUCAACAGUCAAUCCCCGCAGCAGCUUCACCAUCGGAACCCGCAGCGGCAGACAUUGGCUCAGCCUGGCAGCGAUCUGGCUUUUAAUCCUUCAGUGGGAAUCCCAGCUGGAGGCGAUGUGAGCGAACCCUCCCUUGAUCUUCUCCCCGAACUGACAAAUCCGGACGAGCUGCUCUCCUACCUUGGACCCCCGGACCUUCCAAGCAGCGGGAACGAUGACCUCCUGUCCUUGUUCGAGAAUAACUGAUUCAAGAUUUUAUUUUAAUUUUUAAUUUUUUUUAAUUUCUUCCUCGUGCCCAAAUUUUAACGAAAUGGAUGACUGGGUGCAGUGCUGAGCACAAGACUUGAUCUGGAUCCGGACUGUUCACCUCCAUAGAUGAACACAGACUCUCCAGAUCAUUGCACUAUUGUAAACCUGCAGCGCUGCCCCGGAAAAUUUUAAAGAGACACUCUGCGGAUUAGGAAUACGUUAACUUUUGUGAAUAGAAAUUGUCGACUAUGUUAUCUGCAGAUCUCCAUUUCAAAGAAACCAGCAAUGUUCCUCUUUUAUUAAUACCUCUGCUACCAGGCAAAGGUGCCACGUGCCGGCUGACUUGUGUACAUGCCCAUUUUUUUUGCCACAAAGCACCAGCCUGAGAGUUUGUUGCAGGGCCGGUAGCCCAUUUUAUUAUAGGGGGACACCCAGUCCGUGGGUGAUGGAAGCUAAGAGCACAACGCCGGUGUGUGUACUAGUCUACACACUACUUCUUCUUUCCCCCCCCUAUCUUUUUGUAAUGUAAAGAUACAUAGAUUGCGUGUGUGUGUAUACAUGUAUAAUAUUGCUGGUCCAUAAGUCAUAACUCAUUCCUUUUUGUGGGGCGGGAGGGUGGUUUGGUUUUAAAGGACACUGUAAGAUCCUGGUGCCACACUUCAUUAUAUUUCCUACCGUCUCAGCCAUAGCCUGAGGUGACUUUGCUACGUAUAUCUAUCUAUCUUAUACAGGAGCUGACCCCCUGUAGUUAACGUGUCCUUGUCGUUGUAUGUUAUUUCCGAUAUUAAAGCUUCAGUAGCCUGGGCAGCGCCACCCACUGUACAUGCAAUAAUCAAGGGCCUGCAGCCUUGCAACACCUGCAUUAUUCGCUCUGCAGCAGAGCGGGAAUCUGUGUACAGUAUAUAAAUAUAUAUAUUUAUAUAUAUAUGUUUUGUGUGAUAAUAUCACAUGACUGCGGGAAGGAUGCAGCAUGUACAUACAUUUCUUACAUUUAGCUGUCGCCUGCACAGUGGGGAGAGGGGUAGUCCCUUGGAGAUCGAGGCUUAAUGUACAAGAUGUUCAGAUCUCAGCGAUUCGCCUUAGGCUUUGAAGGGAUGAAUUUUCAUGCAACCUGAUGUAGCUAAUAAAACGGCUGCGCGCCCCCCCCCCCCCCCCCUCCCAUCCAACUGUGCAUAGGGCAUGAGCGCACUGCAGACAAAUGGUCAGUGAUUUGCAUAGACCAUCUAUGAUGCGGCUGAGACCCACGCUGAUUAGCCAUAGCUGUUUUUAUUUAUUGUUCUAGAUUAUUUCUGGACUUUGUUUCUGGAUUUCUAAAAAAGUAAAAAUUCCUGCAAAUUGUUUUUAAAUAAGCCAUGAAGGAGUCUGAGUGAGGUAUGGCGACGAAGUGGGGGGUGG